AAUGACUACUGAUGAUUCUCCAGUCUGGUUCCCAGUCUUCAUCACUGAAUUUCUUGUAAUAUCGAUUAUCAAUGCCAUCGCUAUCAUCGCCUUUGCAAGAAUCUGCCAUCUACGCAAGCGCAGUACGUAUCUUAUAAUUAACCUGACGGUGGCCGAUCUACUGGUGGGUGCCGUGACAGGACCACUGUUUGUGUGCCACCAAAAAAAGGAAGACAUGCUGCCACGCUUUAUUAUUAGCUACGCAUGGGCAUCAUUUAGUGCUGUCACUUUACUUGUCCUGGCAGUCUGUUAUAUCAUAAUCAUUGUGAAUGUUCAAAGCAACCCUCAUUCGCAACAUCGUGGUUCAAUUCACAAAGAAAGGAAACUAUCCGUAACAUUAUUCAUAGUCACUGGAGUUUCCGCUCUAACCAUUUUUCCUUUGACUAUUUUCAACUUCACGCCAUUAGACGUACAGGAAAAAUUGGACAAUGCGUCAAGCGUUGAUGUCCAUGAGAUGCUGUCUGUUAUAUAUUUUGCCAAUUCCAUUGUAAAUCCUCUUGUAUAUGCCAUACGAAUGCACGAAUUCAGAAAAGCGUUUCUUAACUUGGUAUCACGAAAGAGCCAAGCCAAUCAAAGACAACAGGCGGGAGCUGGGCAGAGAAGAGGUCAUCGUUCACAACCUCAAACUGUGUUGUAAAUUUUAAACUGCCAAACACUCGAAACUGUGCCGGCUAGACCUACUUUGGAAGCCACCGCUCCCACACUGAUAUUAGAACUUUAAAAACUAUCCAGGCGCACUGAGACUAUGCAAGUCAUAAGGACCAAGCAAAUAGCACGACUUUUUUUUUGCCUGCAUGUUUUCGAUGGAAAACUUCGACUAUUAUCUUGUUUUAAAACGAACAUCCACAAUCAUGAUGCGGAAAUUACAUAACCUUUUGAUCUCGAGAGAGUGGCAAGUCGUGCAGUCUGCAAACACAGAUUAGGAAAUUAUUUUUAGAAAGUAAAUUUUAUUUAUUCAAGGUGGCCCACUGUAUUCAGUUGCAUAGCUGUCUCUAGCGGCACCCUGCCCUGACUAGAAAUAAUAAAAAAACACAAGGGAUAGUACGAGGACAGAAUUGUAAUGGCAUGGGCGGAUCCAGGAUUUUUCAAGAGGGGGUAGAUGGUACCUUUGGGUUGUGGAAUUAAUGGGACAUGCCCAAAACUGACUGUUUCAUUUGAGAAUUGGAACCUAAUUCAAAAAUGUUACACCAUAGAUACUAGCAACGUAACAAAGUAGAAAUAACAUUGAGGUGACUGUACAGUGUUUCCCUUCAUUUCUGCUAUAAUAUUCACAAUCUAUUUCAUUUUGUUAUUUUUUGCUUCUUCGAUAGGGAGGUUGCUAGCCACCCAAUCCAUCCCCUAAAUCCGCCCUUGAAUGGAUUGUAAUCUUCUUUCCUUUUUGAAUCUGCAACUACGCCUGUCUGAACAACAUAUAUAGAUUACUUCAUGGUCGGUGAGUGCGUACGAUUUUUAUUCACGAGUUGUGAAGAAUCGCAAACGAACGAGCGAGUCUUCGACUGAGUGAGUUUG